AUGUCUGAGGAUUACCGAUGUUCCCAGCCCAACGAGGCAAUACUUGAGCAGAUGGUCCUUAGAGACAUCAGGGAUUUGUUGCAUUCCAUGGGGAAGGAUAUUAAAACCUAUGGCCUUCCGGAGCUGGUUGAUACAAAUGCUUUUCUAGGCGAUGAGUGCAUGGAGGUUAGAGAGGAGAGGGAGGUCGGUGUGGACCAAGAACAUAUUGAUCUUAUCAACUCUUUAAACAGUGAGCAACUAGCUGGAUUCAAUGACAUCAUGGACCAUAUCAUGAACAAAAGAAGCCAAGUCUUCUUUCUCGAUGCUCCAGGAGGCACUGGGAAGACGUAUUUGUUCAAGGCAUUGCUUGCUAAGGUGCGUUCGAUGGGUGAGAUAGCCAUUGCCACUGCUACAUCAGGUAUAGCAGCCUCGAUAUUACCUGGAGGGCGUACUGCACACUCUAGGUUCAAAAUACCCAUUAAACUCACCGACAACAGCAUGUGUGGUUUCACAAAGCAAAGUGGUACGGCAGAAUUGCUGAAAGAGGCGGCCUUGAUAAUUUGGGAUGAAGUUGCCAUGACAAAGCGUCAAGCCAUGGAGGCGCUUGAUAGGUCACUCCAAGACAUAAUGGGAUGUGCUUUGCCGUUUGGGGGGAAGAUUGUCGUUUUUGGUGGAGAUUUUAGGCAGGUCCUUCUAGUGGUUCCAAAAGGGGCAAGAGCACAGAUCACAGAUGCUACAAUACAGAGAUCCUAUAUAUGGCAGACGAUUCAUAAGAUAAACCUUACACGUAACAUGAGAUCACAAGCUGACCCUUUGUUCUCUGAGUAUCUCUUAAGGAUUGGCAAUGGAACCGAAGAAGGUGAUGACUAUGUGCGUCUCCCUGAGGACAUUGUGAUCGGUCAUACUGAUGAUGAAACCACAGUCAAUAGGCUAAUCAAAGAAGUUUUCCCCUCUCUUAGUGCCAUUGCUAAAUCGGGAGAGUACAUGAGCUCGCGUGCUAUUCUUUCCACGAAGAAUGACUAUGUUGAUGAGCUGAAUUCCAAGAUGAUUGACAUGUUUCCUGGCCAAGAGAAGGUAUACCAUAGCUUCGACUCUAUUGAGGAUGACUACUCGAACAAUUACCCGAUUGACUUUGUGAAUUCGCUCACCCCAAAUGGAUUGCCACCACAUGUGUUGAAAGUGAAGGUCAAUUGCCUCGUCAUUCUGCUACGGAACCUCGACCCUCACAAUGGCCUCUGCAAUGGAACAAGGCUAAUGAUUAGAGCCUUCCAAGAUAAUGCAAUUGAUGCAGAGAUUGUUGGUGGGCAACAUGUUGGGAAGAGGGUCUUUAUACCGAGGAUCCCUUUGUCGCCAUCGGAGGACAUCUCGCUUUCCUUCAAGCUUAAGAGGAAACAAUUCCCCAUCCGCCUAAGUUUUGCAAUGACCAUUAACAAGGCGCAGGGCCAGACCAUCCCAAAUGUUGGCAUUUAUCUUCCCGAGCCGGUGUUCUCCCAUGGUCAGCUGUAUGUUGCCUUGUCAAGGGGUGUAUCAAGGCGGACGACGCGAAUUUUGGCCAAGCCGAACAAACAAAUUGAUAAAUCAGGAAAAAGCACCAAGAAUAUUGUCUUUAUAGAUGUUUUAGAGGGAUGA